AUGAGCCUGCUGCCCCCGGGUCUGGGGGUCACAGGUUACACCAUCAGCCGAGACGGGUAUGGCUGCAGCCUGGAGCGUCCCAUGUCAUCCGUCCUGUCUCAUGCAGUCUCGUCUCAUGCGGAGCUGUGUCCGACGAAUAUCUCCACAGACCCGGUGGGAGCUGACUGGGAGGAGGAGGACGGAGGCUUCAACUACGCCACGGACCUCGUUAAACACAUCCGAUCAGAGUUUGACGACUACUUCGACAUCUGCGUUGCCGGAUACCCUACGGGCCACCCCGAGGCGGAGAGCUACGAGGCCGACCUCCGACACCUGAAGGAGAAGGUGGACGCUGGAGCAGACUUCAUCAUCACCCAGUUGUUCUUCAGGGCCGACACUUUCCUCAAGUUCCUGGACGACUGCAGGGCGAUCGGGAUCACGUGUCCCAUCCUACCUGGAAUCUUCCCCAUUCAGGGUUACCAGUCUCUGCGGCAGCUCGUCAAGCUGUCGAAGCUCGAGGUACCGGAGGAGAUCACCAAAGUCAUCGAGCCCAUCAAAGAGAACGACGCCGCCAUUCGUAACUACGGCAUCCAACAGGCGGUGGAGAUGUGCCGCGUGCUGCUGGACAGCGGCAAGGUACCGGGGCUCCACUUCUACACCCUGAACCGAGAGGUCGCCACCAUGGAGGUGCUCCGCCAGCUGGGCCUGUGGAUAGAGGACCCCAGGCGGCCUCUUCCCUGGGCAGUGAGUGCCCAUCCCAAACGGAAGGUAGAAGAUGUUCGACCCAUCUUCUGGGCCUCGCGGCCCAAGAGCUACAUCUACAGAACCCAGGACUGGGACGAGUUCCCCAACGGCCGAUGGGGAAACUCCUCAUCUCCAGCUUUCGGCGAGCUGAACGACUAUUACCUGUUCUACCUGAAGAGCAAGUCGUCCAAAGACGCUCUGCUGAAGAUGUGGGGCGAGGAGCUGCUGAGUGAAGAGAGCGUCUAUGAGGUCUUCACCUGCUACAUCGCAGCCCAACCGAACCGCAGCGGACACAAGGUGAUGUGUUUGCCGUGGAACGACGAGCCGUUGGCCCCGGAGACCAACCUGCUGAAGGACGAGCUGGAGAAGGUGAACCGACGAGGAGUCCUCACCAUCAACUCCCAGCCCAACAUCAACGGAAAACCCUCCACGGAUCCCAUCGCCGGCUGGGGGCCCGCAGGAGGCUACGUCUUCCAAAAGGUAGGAAGGCUUUCUGUCUACUGCCUUUUUGGAUUGAGGGCUGCAACUAAUGAUUAUUUCCAUUGUCGAUUUAAUCUGUGGAUUAUUUUCUGGAUGAAUGGAUUAGUUGUGCGGUCUCUAAAAUGUCAAAGAUUUGGAAAAAAGUCCAUAAGUGUUCCCCAAAUUUGCGUGCAGGGCCGUAACCUGACCAACGCCCCGGACAUGCAGCCUAACGCUGUGACGUGGGGGAUCUUUCCCGGCAGGGAGAUCGUCCAGCCGACCGUAGUGGACCCCGACAGCUUCAUGUACUGGAAGGACGAGGCCUUCGCCCUGUGGAUCGAGCAGUGGGCGAAGCUCUACGAAGACGAGUCUCCUUCACGGAUGAUCAUCAAGUACAUCCACGACAACUACUUCCUGGUCAACCUGGUGGACAACGACUUCCCUUUAGAGAGCUGCCUGUGGCAGGUCAUCGACGACAUGUUCGAGCUGCUCGACGCAACUCCAGAGCCGCUCGCCGACGCAACUCCAGAGCCGCUCGCCGACGCAACUCCAGAGCCGCUCGCCGACGCAACUCCAGAGCCGCUCGCCGACGCAACUCCAGAGCCGCUCGCCGACGCAACGCCAGAGCCGCUCGCCAACGCAACGGACACCAAAUGAAAUCAACAGAAAGAAACGCUACAGAACGGUCGAUAUUUUAUGCAUUGCCUUAAAAAAGAGAAAAUGCUGCUACUUACAAAACAGAACAUAGCAAAGAUUAAGGAUUGUACUUCACAGUAUUUUUAAAAGGUUUUUAUGAUUUUUUUUUAGCAUUUUAAGUGAAAGGAAAAUGAAAACGUACUGUUUCACCGGAACUAAAUAGGAAACAUUGAAUAUUUUUUACCUCCAUGAUCAGUAGCACUAUCCUUUGUAGCACUUCCCCCCCCCCCCAGCUGAUAAACUACACUAAACUACAGAUUCCUCGAGGACGAGUCUCACUUAAAAACAGCAAGAAGAAUGACUCGUAAAAACUGUGAAACUUAAAUAUACUUUAAAGCCUUUGUUCACACGUUAAUGGCGUCUCGGAGCUUUUGUAGUAAGCAGUUCGGAGCGUUUUUAUUCCAAAAAGCAACCGAGAGCGUGUGUUGUUGCUAUAACAACAGCUACAGUAUCCUAGAGCGCUGUAUGGAGCGGUGGAAUGGUGAAGCGAGCUAAAGACAGAGAGAGAGAGAGAGAGGUGCCAGCGUUAGAGGAAACCAAGUGGUGGAGCCAGCUAGAGAGAGAGAGCUAGAGAGAGAGAGGUGCUAACGUUAGAUAAACAAAGUGGUGGAGCAAGCUUGAGAGAGAGAGAUGCUAACGUUGGAUAAACAAAGUGGUGGAGCAAGCUAGAGAGAGAGAUGCUAACGUUGGAUAAAACUAAGUGGGUUCCCUGAACAGAGCGCGCCCGUUCAUACCGUAUAACUUGCUGUGCUCAGACUCCAUUUUUUUAGUUGUUGUUAUGGAAACAACAGGCCCGGCUCCUCCGCUUGUCAUUGGUCGGCUGUCAAAAAUGCACUUGACGUACGGCGUUGUUUUUCCAGAAAACCUCAACUUUUUUCAACUUCAAAAAGACGCUCUGAGCUGAAAAAAUAAAUAUAAAAAUAAUGUCCGGUGGCGUUUAAAAAAGCACUCACGACUUCUUUGAUAACAUUGGAUUAUAAUGCAAAACAGACGCUGGCACUUCUUAAAAUGGACGCCAAGUGUGAACAUAGCCUGAAAGUGUUUUAUUAGCGAAUGUUUUUAUUUUCAUGGAAGACAGUAGUUAGAUUUUAUGAAUGACAAUGUACUGUUAUGGGUGAAAACCUACUAUAAUAACUAUAAUAAUUCAUUUGAUCUCACGGUGAUGUCAUUAACCCUCGUGUUGUCCUCCCAUGAACUCGCCCUUCCAGGUCAAAAUUGAAAAUGAAUAUUUUUUGGGGGCUUUUCAGAUUUUUUUGUCGCUUUUUCUGAUUUAUUUGUCACUUUUUUCCAGCUUUUGGCGCAAAAAAAAAAAAAAAAA